AUGGAAAUCGACCGGGUAGCUGUUAUCGGCGCAGGCCCCUGCGGCCUAGGAGUUGCAAAGUAUCUUCUUGCUGAACGAAAAUUCAAGUCUAUCACAAUAUUCGAACAGCGCGACCAACCUGGCGGUGUUUGGAACUACACCGGCGAUGAGGGCAUCAGCACAUCGGCACUUGCCCGUCCCAACCCGAGUCAGGAGCCUCAACAGCCCGUGAAAGGAACUUUUGCUUCCCCUGUAUACGACGCACUUGAAACAAACAUCCCUAAAUCGUUGAUGCAGUUUACCGAGUAUCCGUUCCCCGCGGCCAGUGCGCUAUUCCCAGCCCAUACCGUUGUGCGAGACUAUCUUCAUCGGUAUGCAGAGGAAUUACUGCCAUACAUACGUCUGAACUCUUUGAUUUUGGAUGUCACACUGUCAAAAAAGCAUCCAAGGCCCGAGUGGACUGUAACCUGGCGUGAUCUGCAAACUAAUGAGAUUUUGGUCGAGCAAUUCGAUGCAGUGGUUGUCGCCAAUGGUCACCAUAAUGACCCAUAUAUCCCCAAAAUCACAGGCUUAGAUGAGUGGAGUCAAACCUAUCCAGGCUCCAUCAUCCAUUCAUCUUCUUAUAGGCGUCCCGAAUCAUUUGCAAACAAGAAAGUGAUUGUCGUCGGACACUCUGCCUCUGGUAUUGACAUCGCGAACCAAAUCGGCCGUGUAUCAAAACACCCGCUGCUGAUUUCGGAACGCACGGCAACAAAUCUCUCUCCACAACAAGCCGCCGUUGCCCAAAGCCUUCCUGAAAUCAGUCUCCUCAGUGUCGAAGAUGGCCGUGUGCAAUUUGCCAAUGGCCAUGAAGAGCGAGAUGUUGAUCACAUCGUCUUUUGCACGGGCUACCACUUCUCUAUUCCAUUUUUGUCAAGUCUCCAGCCAUCUAUCGUUACAGAUGGCGUGCGUCCGCAUCAUUUGUACCAGCAUGUGUUUUACAGCAAAGAGCCCACCCUCGCUUUAAUCGGGUUUCCCCAGCGGAUUGUUCCAUUCCCCUUCAGUCAGGCGCAAGGGGCAUGGGUCGCGCGCGUCCUGGCAGGACGACUCUCGCUGCCUUCCGAGGCUGAAAUGGAGCGGUGGAUUGGCGACUGGGUAGUAACUCGCGGCGAGGGACGCGGCUUCAACACCCUUGCCUUUCCGCUCGAUGCAGACUACAUCAAUUCGCUGUACGAGUUGAGCUCGCAUGCAGCUCGGAAGGAUGGGUUGGAGAAUGAUGGGCGUGGUAAAAGGCCGCCCUUCUGGGGUGAAAAAGAGAAGUGGACGCGUGAGAGAUUCCCGUUGAUCAAACAGGCGUCGCAGGUGCUUGGUAGUCGACGGGGUGAGAUAAAGGCUUUGGAAGACCUUGGCUUUGACUUCGAGAGGGAUUAUGUUCCAGAUGCCGAGGCGCGUUUGUAG